CACGGGCGACUAUUUGUCUCAGCCGCUGAGCAAAAAUAACGACGUUUCAUUUUGGUCGCCAUUUUGGAUUUCUAAAAAUUUUUCUUUGCUGAUAUUUGACAACCUCGUCCGAUAUUUGAUUGUUUUUACGUGUUAUAUGUGCUUUAAAUCACUGUUUUGAACACAAUGAGCAAGCAGGUUGAAAACGUAGCCGAUGAAGAACUGAACGUGGAAGAAUUGGCUGUAACUUCAGCAGUUCUCAUGGCCGGAGCACACCAUCUUGGCAAGCAGUGCGAGCAAGAUUUUAAAAAGUUCAUGGCAUGUCGAUAUGACACGCGAGACCCGAGAAAAUGCUUGGAGGAAGGACGAAAAGUGACUAGCUGUGCGCUACAAUUUUUUAAGACUGUGAAAGCGAACUGUAAUGACGAAUUCGCCAAAUACUGGACAUGUUUGGAUCAUAACAAUCAAGAAUUUGGUCACUGUAGAAAACCUCAAGGAUUCUAUGAUUCCUGCCUGUUGGAUAAACUGGGAUGGAAGACUGAGCAGCCAGUACACUUAAAGUUGUAAAAGUAUUAUGAAACAAUGGCUAGAACUUUAUUAACUGCCUCGAUAUGUUGACUUUAUUCCAUAAUUUACAAUGUGACUUCGUUGCUUCGUGUUGGUGGUCUUUGAAUAUUAUGAAAUUAUAUGAUAUCAGUUGGUAUAUAUAUUUUACCCUGUCACUAUUUGACUUGCAGCUGGUCACAUUUCAAGGUGUACUAAAUGAUGCAUUUGUAGUUUACUGUCGUUCCAAUUGAAGUGUUCCUCAAAUAUUGAUUCAAUACAUUACCUCAGGCUGACCAAUUCAUUUCAUCAAGUUCGUCGAGAUAUUCAUACACUUCCUGUGAAAGAGCCAAUUCCAAGAAUUUGUUCCAACAAAGGUGAUUGGUGCAUUCCAACUAUUCAAUAGGAAGUUUACAAUUAUACUAGGAAGUGUAUGAAUAUUUCGAGGAACUUGAUCAAAUGAAUUGGUCAGCCCGAGGUAAUGUACUGAAUCAAUAUUUGAGGAACACUUCAAUUGGAACGACAGUAAUAAAGAGGCUGUCAAGUCCGUUCUGCUCAUGAGCAUGUUUUGUUCACAUUUCUUGUUUCAAACAAUAGACAAUUUAAUUAAAAUUUUAUUAAUUUUAAUUAAAUUAUCUAUUAUAAUAGUUUUUGUUUGUGGAAACACCACGUAAAUUUAUUACUGCAAAGCUUUCGAUCUGUAAGCCCGGAUCUUCAUCAGUGCUAAUAAUAUGUGACUUGUUUAAUUCACAUGCCCUUUUUAAAUUAGAUUAAACAAGUCACAUAUUAUUAGCUCUGAUGAAGAUCCGGGCUUACAGAUCGAAAGCUUUGCAGUAAUAAAUUUACGUGGUGUUUCCACAAACAAAAACUAUUAUAUGUUUUAUCGCCAUGCAAACCUACAAAGAACUUAAAUUAUCUAUUGUUUGACCCACAGAUCGGAAUUUUAAUUAAAUUAUCUAUUGUUUGAAACAAAAAAUGUAAACAAAACAUGUGCAUUUCAUGAGCAGAACGGGCUUGAUAAAGAUAAACUGUAAAAGUCAAAUUCUAAAAGAAAUAAGCUGAUCCCAACCCCAGCCCUAUCCCCUAGAGGUCGAAGAGAGGAAACUAGUCAGGAGUAAAAGUUAACCCAUGAAGUUGCAUUGUGCCCUAAUGCUCCCUACUUCAUUAUUUUACUCUGUCUAAUGCCAGAUGAUUUUACUCACCAAGGGGGUUAAACAAGUUUUAGGUGAAAUCACUCAGGCAAAUGGAAAAUGUCCUGAAGCUGACUCGAACCCAGGAACUAGAAUGCAGCAGAUGCACGUCACUGUCUGAGGUGCUGCCAAGCUCAUGCUGCUGCAGUGCUGCAUGUUAUAGUGACUGCCAGAGACAUAACUGGCUACCAGACAAAUAGGCACUACGUCACUUUUAUAUGCCUUCCCCCUCUGGGAAACUAGUCGGCUAAUUUCGAGAACAUGGGGCAAAUUUUCAGCUGGUCCAGUUGUUUACACAGUACAACUCAAGUUCUAAGCAAGUUGCAUGCGACAGUUUUAGGCAAAAGUUGUGCAGUGUAAAUCAGCCUAUAAAAAUUACCUACUCUGUACAACCUAAUGUGAUAUGCCACACCUGUCACCCAUUUUCCCAGUAAAAUUGACAUACUUCAUCCAACCGCCCCACUUAGUAUAGACUACCAUUGAGUAUAAAUUUCCUGGAUUCGAAAGAGAUUUUUCAAUAGGGCCUUUUGAAGUAGGAAUAUUUAUCCCACACAGUAAAACGCGCAGACGAUAUUAGAUUUGUUGGGACAACUUGUUGCGAGUCUGUUGGCAUAACAACGCGUUCCAGACUUGUCAACAACUUGGAACAAGCAGAGGCAGUGCGAACACGUCUUGUUGACAACAGGGGGCUUUCAUUUUCAUAUUUUAGCGCUUUUAAUAUGAAAGAAAACAAGAGGUCAAACUUCACGAGAGAAAUUCAAAUGUUAUUGUUGUAUGGAAUUUUACUAUUAUGUAUGAAGUAUGUAUGCCUGCGCUUCUGCAUGUAGUAUUAACAGUUUAAAUGCAGUUUCUUAUUUCGUUUUAGCAGUUUCAAUUCCAUAUUUCAUACAAUUCUGGAGUUGUAGACGUUUGUUGCCUUGUUUGUUGUUUUCGUUUUGCUAUGCAUCCUACAACAAAACAAAAGUUUCCUUUUCCGAUUGGCCCUAGCAAUUUUUACGGUAAAUAUUUCAGCAAAAUGACCAUACGUCUUCUGAAAAACAUUACUUUAACUUUUAUAUGCUUAGUUUUUAUCGAUAAUUAUUGGAAAACACGUUGAUUUUGACUGGCCACCUUAUUUUAUAACCCGAACUCUUCCAAGCUUGGUGGGAAUAAAGGAUCACUUCAUUUAGCCAAUCAGAUUGCGAGCUUUUUUGGAUCGCGAUCUGAUUGGUUAAAAUGAAGGCAGACCAGAAAGUAGACAGGUACCUACAAAAUGGUGAAAUAGCUGGUAUCGUAGAGCACUAGCAGGCUACUGACCAACCUCGUACCCAGGCUCUUACCUUCGCCCUGGGUACGAGGUUGGCUACUGACGCUACGGCAAUUGCUAGAUAGUAUACUUCAAAAUAAGGUUUGUUGAGAUAAGUACUUUUAGUGUUUAGAGUUUAAACUAUAUUUAUAUGGUUGAUAUUAUUUAGCAUAAAUUAACAUAACGUACCGUAAUACAGUUAAUAUAUACAGUACAUCGGACACGUGACUAUGCGUUCGUUGCAGUGCUUCCAUUUUCAAGGAAAUUUCCUUUUCUAAAGAAAUUCUAGUGUCGAAAAGGAAAAUCUAAGGAAGAGAAAAAAUCUAAGGAAAUCUAAGGAUUU